AUGAACUUGAUUGACAUCCUUUGGAGGCAAGAUAUAGACCUUGGGGCAGGGCGUGAAGUUUUUGAUUUUAGUCAACGACAGAAGGAGUAUGAACUCGAGAAACAGAAGAAACUUGAAAAGGAAAGACAAGAGCAGCUCCAAAAAGAGCAGGAGAAAGCCCUGCUGGCUCAGCUGGAGCUAGACGAAGAGACAGGUGAAUUUGUUCCUGUUCAGCCAGCUCAGCACGUUCAGUCAGAAAAUACUGAGCCUCCAGUCGGAUUUUCACAGGUAAACCCUUAAUAUAGUUCAAAACCAGAAGCAGAGGCCUUGUCCUUUGAUGACUGCAUGCAGCUCUUGGCAGAAGCAUUCCCAUUUAUAGAUGACAAUGAGGCUUCUUCAGCUGCAUUUCAGUCACUGGUUCCUGCUCAGAUCGAUCGCAACCCAGCCUUGAUUUCUUCUGAUGAAACUCAGCCACCAGAAUCACCUGCUCUAGAUCCACUUACUGAUGUGGAAAACAUGCAGAACAUAGACCAAGUUUGGGAAGAAUUAUUGUCCCUUACAGAGUUACAGUGUCUUAACAUUGAUAAUGAUAUUCUGGCUGAUGUAAGCACAAUCGCAAGCCCUGAAACCAAGUCAACAGAGAUGCACAACAGCUACAAUUACUACAGCUCAUUACCCAUCAUGAGGAAGGAUGCUAACUGUGGUCCAGAGUUCCUGGAUAAUAUUGAGGGCCCCUUUUCUGGCAUUUUACCACCAGAAGACACCAGCCAGCUGAGCAUGAGCUCUUUAAAUGACAUGUCCCCCUCAAACUCUGAUUUCUGUGAGGAUUUCUACACCACCUUUAUUGACACAAAGGCGAACGGUGACGCAGCAGCGACAAACACUAUCAGUCAAUCACUUGCAGAGAUUCUAAGCAAACCUAUUGAUCUUUCUGAUUUCUCACUGUGUAAAGCUUUUAACAGCAACCACUCAGGAACCGGACCAGAAUGCAAUGAUUCUGACUCAGGUAUUUCAUUGAAUGCAAGUUCUAGUAUAGCUUCGCCUGACCACUCUGUGGAAUCGUCUGCCUACAGAGAUAAGACUUUUGGCUAUAGUGACUCUGAAAUGGAAGACAUGGAUAGCAGUCCGGGAAGCGUGCCACAGAGCAACACUAAUGUGUACUCACUGCAGUUCCAGGAUCAAGUGUUCUCUUCCGUGGGGCCAAGCACUCAAACACCAAGUUUGCAGUGUACAAACACGCCAAAGAAAGAACCCCCUGCCAGCCCCGGCCACCCCAAAGCUCCCUUCACAAAAGAUAAACCUUCAAGCCGCUUCGAAGCUCAUCUCACACGAGAUGAGCAAAGAGCUAAGGCUCUGCAGAUCCCUUUUCCUGUUGAAAAAAUCAUCAACCUCCCCGUUGAUGACUUCAAUGAAAUGAUGUCUAAGGAGCAGUUCAGUGAAGCCCAGCUUGCGCUUAUCCGAGAUAUACGCAGGAGAGGCAAGAACAAAGUGGCUGCUCAGAACUGCCGAAAAAGAAAACUGGAAAAUAUAGUGGGACUGGAGCAAGACUUGAGUAACCUGAAGGAUGAGAAAGAGAAAUUGCUUAAGGAGAAAGGAGAGCACGACAAGAGCCUUCGUCAAAUGAAAAAGCAACUGACCACCUUAUACCUUGAGGUCUUCAGCAUGCUACGUGAUGAAGAUGGCAAGUCUUACUCUCCUAAUGAAUAUUCUCUGCAGCAAACCAGGGAUGGCAAUGUCUUCCUUGUUCCCAAGGGCAAGAAGUCAGAGACUAAACUCUGAAGGGCAGCACAGCUGGCUACUGCUCUCAGAGCUGUUAUUUUUGUACCAUCCUCCUGAUAGUCUUUACCGUGAGGUGGAACGCAGAGUUCGGUAGUGUUUUUCAAGUAAUUCUAUGCAAUGAUGAUUUAAAAGUUAAUGAUUAGUUUAUGGAAGAUGCAGGUUUAAAACUAAUAGUGUAAUGCAAUUGGAGGUAUGCAAAAUUUGUAAUCUCACUUUUAUAACAGAUGUUUUCUUCUUAUAGCACCACUUUGACUAGUU